GUCCACGGGUAGCUAAAGCCUUAGCCAAAGGAAGUAUUCAACUUUAAUUAAAAUGUCUUCCACCAAACCUCCAAAUGAAAAUGAAACACCCAAAGAGAGAAAACCAGGACUGAGGAGUGUUAAAACAACUAUGCUUUUCCGAGCUGUGAACCCAGAGCUUUUCAUUAAACCCAACAAGCCUGUGAUGGCGUUUGGACUCAUAGCAAUCACCGCCUGCGUGGCCUACCUUGGUUAUUUGCAUGCGACAGUAGAGAAUAAAAAGGACCUUUAUGAAGCCAUGGACAGUGAAGGGUCCAGAUACAUGCGGAGGAAAACUUCCAAGUGGGACUGACAGUGUCUAAGGAAGGACAUUGGCACAUCAGUCACAGAACUUUUCAAGGCAACUACUACGUUUUUUUUCUCUGUCCAUUGAAAUAAUGGAUAAAUGUCUUUCUUCCUAUUUUAUCCAGUUGAAGUUGCUUUAUAAAAUGCCAUGCCUGUACAAAUAAAUUGAAAUUAAGAUAUAUAUGAACAUUUAAGAUUUUAAGA